GUGGUGCAGGUGGGUCUGUGUGUGAUUGCGAGCGAGUGUGUGUGAGUGUUCGUUUGUUUCAGUGUUAGAUUCGAUUUGGAUCAUCGGAAUAGUCUGUUUUUCUAUAAAUUGGGGCGGAAGUGGAUGAUCGGUGUGUCGUUCGUAGGGUAUGAGAGGGAGGGACAAUACGGGGUUUUAGUGUCUGACCAGCAGAAACAUUACUGUUGAGAGUAUUUUGAGGUUGUUCGAGAGUUGGGGUUGAGUUUGUCUGUUUGAAUGAUAGCACCAGCACUUCUGCUUAGUUUGUGGAGUGUUCCUCACUAGCAAGAGGGAUACCGUAUGAGCGAGAUUUUGUCGUUGGAUGAUUUUGCUCGUGUGUGGAGAAUGACGCGUCGCUACGUGUUCUAGUGUGGCAGAGCGGGGGGAAGAAGUUGGAAGUCGGUGCGUCGUCUGCAGCAGGUGCCAUAAGCAGUGGCUCAAGAGAGAUAGUAUCUGACGAAGGAGCGACACUGGUGCUGUAGCCGGACCAAUAGGGCAUUUGUGAGGGGCGGUGUCACUGAACAUGGCGAAACAGGAGACGCCUAUGCCGACGUUGAAACUCAACAACGGUGGAACAAUGCCUGCUAUCGGGUUGGGCACCAUCAGUUUCAACGAAUCUGACGAGAAGAUAAAAUUCGCCACCCUGACUGCCAUUAGGAUGGGAUAUCGGCAUGUGGAUACGGCCAGCGGUUACCACACUGAGGUAUUGCUAGGUGAAGCCCUCCAGGAGGCUAUGAAGCUGAAUCUUGUGACGAGGGAGGACAUGUUUGUGACCACAAAACUUGCUCCUGACGAAGUGGAUCCUCGAGACAUCGUCCCCUCUCUUCGAAACAGUCUCAGCAAGUUGCAACUGGAGUAUGUGGACCUGUUGAUGAUCCAUUGGCCUCUCCAACUGAAGAAGGGCGCCAAGAUGCCGCCACGGGAAGGUGAUUUCUUACCCUUCGACCUACGGGCCACAUGGGCGACGCUGGAGCAAUGUGUGGAGAAGGGACUAACGAAGUCCAUUGGAGUCAGCAACUUCAAUGUAAAGAUUCUCAAUGAGCUUAUGUCGUUCGCCAAAAUACCACCAGUUGUGAACCAGGUGGAGUUGCAUCCUCGGUGGCAGCAGAAAAGGAUGAGGGAAUAUUGUGCAAGUGUGGGCAUCAUUGUCGAAGCUUGGUCACCACUCGGAGCUCCUGGUCAGAAGUACGGAACCCACGAUUUACUUGCCAACUCCACUCUUCAGCAAAUUGCUCAAAAGCAUCAGAAGACUACUGCUCAGGUGUGUUUGCGCUGGAUCUUCGAGUGUGGGUGCAGUUCCGUGCCGAAGAGCUUCAACAGGCUGCGGAUGUCGCAGAACUUCGCCAUUUUUGACUGGCAGCUGGACGAGGAAGACCACAAGUGGAUCGACGCCAUCCCUCAGAACAAGUACUUCCUGGCGGCCUUCUUGUGCAACAAGACCACCAGCCCUUUCAGGUCUGUUGACGAGCUUUGGGACGGGGAUUGCUGAGUCAACAGGAAGGUUAAUCAAGGUUAACCUACUUCGUUUCCAGCUUCACCACCGCACAAUGACUUCGUUGCACACACAUACACACUCACACACAUAAACAUACACACUCUCUCUUUCUCUCUCUCUCGCUCUCGGCUAAGCAAGUGGUACAACUUCGAAUGAAGAAAACAGCAACAUAUAUGCGUGAUUUCCAAUACAUCGGGCUUCACGUUCUAUGAAGAUGUACACCUUUCACUGCACCUUAGGACAUGCGUUUUUAAGGAUAGGAAGUAUAUACAAAGGGAUAAUCUAUUGUGGCUGUGUCUGGUUGUCUUUUGUGAGCUCUCCGACUUUCGUCGUAGCGUUUGGGGAGUUUAAUUUGCAAGCUGAAUGUGGAAGGAAUAUUUGUAUUUUUUUUAAAACAGUAUGGUUGUUUUUAUAUCAGAAACUCUAGUGAUCAUCUACUUCGAUGUAUGAGCUUCUGAUUUUAGGUU